AUGAAAACCAUUCAACCAGCGGUGCUAAUAUUUCUAUUUUUCAUCCUUUCCCUUGUUUUGCAUUCUCAUCAAGCGAGCGUUGGAAUUCAUUUCACUCACGAAUUUAUUUCCAUUGCAACCAUCAAGCAUGAUAUGUUUUUCAGAAUUACCACAAAUGGACAUGACAGAGUGGAUACUUCUAUUGCAAUUAUGGAAAAUGGAGAAAUUAUGUUUGGAGAACAAGCAAAUCUUCAACACUCAAACAGAGUUGACCAAAUCAGAUUUCUUUUAGAGCACAAAUUUGAUGAAUUACCAACAGAUUUUAUAGAUGAUUAUCCAAGUAAAAUUAUCCAAGAUCAUUCUGGUAAUCCAAUUGUGGAGUUAAAGUUUAAUAAUGGUUCGACUGAGUUGUUGGAUCCGAUUGAAGCAUUUUCCAUUUUAGUAUUCGAAAAGUUGAAAGAAAGUUCAGAAGAAUUUCUGAAGGAAACUGUUGAGAGAAUGAUAAUUUCUAUUCCAAGUCAACUUUCCAAGCAACAAAGAAGGAAAAUAUUGGAUUUGGCGCCAAAGGAUUUACAAGUUGAUUUGGUGGAUGAGGAAAGUUUAGCUAUAAAAGGAUAUGAUUUGAUUCCUGAGGAGAAUUCAAAGAUUUUGAUAAUGAAUUGGAAUAGUUAUGAGUUGCAAGUUGGUGUUUGGGAUUUUUCUAAUGAAAAAUUAAAGAAAUUACUCGAAAAGUCAGAUCCAAGAAUAGGAUGGAAUGAAUUCGAUUCCUUAUUCGAAAGAUAUUGGCCUGGAGGAAUUGAUUUGAAAAUAGAUCCAAAGCAAUUGAGAUGUAAACUAGCUAAGAAACAACCAGUCCAAAUAUUUGAUCAUGAAACUGACCUUUCGAAUAGCAAAUUACUCAAGGAAAUUACCUUGGAAGAAUAUAUUGAAGUUUCCUCUCCAUUACUCGAUAUUUUCAAACAAGAUCUCCACAAGAUUAUGGAAUCCUAUCCUCCCUCUCAAAUAGAUCACAUUAUCCUUUUCAAUUCGACAUGUUCCUUUCCAACAAUUUCUUCAAUUAUCGAACAUCAAUUCGGUAAGAAUAUUUUACACUCCAUUGACGAUCCAAUUCUCAUAGGUGCCACUAAAUUAUCUCAAUUCCAAAAUGGUAAUCAUUUUCAUGCUCCAUCAACUGAUUAUUCCAACAAGCAUUCACAUGAUGAACUUUGA